CGCCGCCCAGAUAAGUGCGGCCAGUGAGUCGCCUUCAGUGUAGACUGCGCCAUGGCGACCGCCGUCGCAGAAGAACUCCAGUUGCAGGAAGAUGAAAUAUUAUGGGCAGCCCAUAGACAGCUAGAGAAGAUGAGGGUCUUCAUUUACCGCGUCUUUGCAGUCAUCUCACUCUUCGUCUUGGCGCCUUACCUGCUCGCCGCCUAUGUCGCGACGGUGGCGUGGCGGCACGUGUACCUGCGCGUGGCGCGCUGGCGCUGGCCGGACCUGGAGGUGGUGUCGCCGGUGACGGUGCGCGCGCUCAUGGACACGCGCCGCAACCAGGCGCUGCUCACCGCCGUCGUCGGGCUGCGCACCGCCGUCGACCUGGCCGCCCUGCAGGCGCGCGUCAGCGAGCGGCUGGUGGAGCUGUGUGAGCCGGGCGGCGGGCUGCGCUACCCGCGGCUGCGCUACGCGCUGACCACGGCGUGGGGGCGGUACGCGUGGCGCGAGGAGGACGCGUUCCACCUGGAGGCGCACGUGGUGGCGGCGCCGUCGCUGCCCGCGCCCGCCGUCGACCACCCGUGGGCGCAGCAGGCGGCCAGCGACGUGGCCGGCAGGUUCCUGCCGCACCACCUCUCGCCCUGGCAGGUCGCCCUGCUGCCCGGCGGCCGCGUCGUCGUCAUCCGCCUGCACCACCUGCUGCAGGCAGAGGGCCCGCGGCUGCUGGACAUGGUGUCGGCCGUGUGCGCGGCGGCGCUGCUGCAGGAGGACGACGAGAUACCACCGCCGAUGCCCGCCCCCUCGCCGCCUCCCGCGCCGCCUACGCCGGUGCUGCGCGCACUGCCCGCGCUGUGGGCGGCGCUGCAGGAAACGAGCAAGGACGCUCUGCGGGCGGCGGUGGCCCGCUGGGAGCCAAAGGGCGGCGCCGCCCCCAGGGACCUGCCGGCGUUGCUGGCCGUAGUGGCGAGCGCGUGGGCGGCAGCCGGGUGCGAGGAGCUGACCACCAAGACGCGCCGCCCCCACAUCACCACGGCGGACGCCCUGCGCGCCAUCUCGCCGCCCGCCGUCUUCUGGGCGUCUCUCAGGGUGUGGUGGUGGGUGGCGGUGGUGGCGACGGUGCGGCUGCCGCUGUGGUGGGCGGUGCAGGUGGCGCAGCUGGUGGUGCGGGGGCGGCGGUCGGCGUUGGCGGCGCAGUGGCGGCUGGCGGCGGCCGCGGGGGCGGAGCUGCGCUGGCUGUGCCUGCAGCUGCUGGACGGCCCGCUGGCGAUGCUGCGGCAGGCGCUGCACCCGGGGAACGCCAGCGCCAGGUCCAUGCGCGCCGGCUCCUUCACCGGCCGCAAGGUGGUGGCGUGGUCUCGGCGCGUGCAGCUGCCACAGGGUGCGGACGCGACGUCGCUGCUGGCGGCCGCCACGCUGUCGCUGCGCUGCUACUUCCAGUCCCUGCACGCGGCCAGCUGCGAGGACGCAGUCUGCUCGUGCCCGUGCCCUCUGCCCGCUCGCGUGCUCUGUCUGGCCGGCGUGGCGCAGCGACCUGGCCUACUCGCGCUGCCGCUGCCCACCAACCCGGCCUGCGACUUCGCCGCGCCGGGACACCCGCAGGCCGCAGAGACGCUGUGGCUGGUGCGGCACGAGCUUCGGCUUGCUCGCCGCCAGCAGGCGCUGCUGCAGCGCUUCCUGAGCGACGGCAGCGCCUUGCCGCGGCUGCUGCCCUCGACGCUGGUGCGCGUUCUGCUCAACGCCGCGUCGCGCUGCUACCCUGUGCGCGUCUCCAUCAUUCCCGCCGUCGACGAGCUGGUGCCCGCCUCCGAGAGCCUCGUCCUCUGGCAGCCGCCCCAGGGAAACGUCUGCCUGUCGCUAUCACUGCUGCUGGAGAAAGACGGGACGAGCUGCCGGCUGGCCGUCAUGGCAGACGCUUUCGUGACGCCGCAUCACGCCGCCAUCGCAGAGGCCUUCCCCAGCGCGGUGAACACCAUAGCCCAGGUCAUGCAGGAGCAGCGACAACGGCCUACCCAAAGAUCGAGGUCCCAGUCGCCGGACCCAACUCACAAGUCAGCCACUGCGUCACGGCCAGAGACGCCGCUGCCUUCGCCCGGCAAGACCCCACCGCCGACCCCGACACCUGACAAGACGCCGCCCCCGACGCCACAUCCGUCAAGCCCGGGUUCGUCGUCACCGCCUCCAGCGCCAUCUCCGCCGUCAACGCCAUCUCCGCCACCUGCACAGGAGCUGUCGCCGCCAGGCUCACAACACGCCUCACCACCCAUGCCACCAAGAUCACCACACUAGACUUGUGAGGACGCGAUCGUCAAGAUAAACGCACUAAAGUGAAAGCACUAUCAUUGUACUUGCCUUUCUCUUCCGAUGUUGUGUUGAAGCGCCCUCCAGUGCACACCACCUGAUGAUAGUUUCCAUUCAAGUACCUGCAACGUAGUUUGACCCCUAUUAAAAUACGCAAAAUAAUAUCACAGAUGAGCAGCACUUGUGUUUAUCUUCGCAUGUUUAUAAAUAUACACCAUAUGAUACCGUGUGGUAUGAAGUUACUGAUUUCUCUUUAACUAGACCAUAUAUUUCUACAGAACGCUUGAAGAAACCAAAUUCUGAAACAGAUCUGUGUCAGUUUAGUUAAAAUAUGCAUAUGAUUAUGGAGCAUUAACAAUUGUCAAUUAUUAUAAAACAAUUUUAUUUUGAGUUCCAGUUGCCAAUUGUUACAGGUAUGGCCAGUGUUGGCAGUUAAGUCCUCAUCAGCUAUCUGAUGAUGUCAUAAACGUCGAAAUGAGUCAUAGCUACGAAAAAUGUGCGACUGGGAAUGAGUUUUUUUGAGAUAAUUAUAAAAGUAAAAAUAUUUUAUCUUGGCAAUUUUAUGUUGCCACUUUUAAUGGCAUGCAUUUACACUCACUGAUGUUUCAAGAUAAUCACUCUGCCACAGCUGUUACAACACUACAAAUAAGUUACAUGUGGCAAUAGAAUCCUCCGAUUUCCCUGUACUGUUAUUAUUGAUGGUAAUUCACAUUCCUCGUUACUUUGUUAUCAGAGAGACAACAUUAUUUACAAAAAUCUAAAUUUAUCAACAACUGUAAUCUGCCAAAAA